UAUCCAGGUGGCAUGUGGUGAGCCGAAGUUCUUCGUCCAUUUUGUUCGCAUCAGACUUUCCGUAGUGUUGUUCUCGGUGUCGUACUCAGUGUUUGCGGCAUUCAAUCAUGCCACAGAACGAGUAUAUCGAGCGUCACCGUAAGCUCCACGGUCGCAGGCUCGAUUAUGAGGAACGUAAGAGGAAGAGGGAGGCGCGUGAGCCUCACAAGAGGGCAGAGAAGGCAAGGAAGCUACGUGGUCUCAAGGCCAAAAUUUACAACAAAGAGAGGAGGAAUGAAAAGAUUCAGAUGAAGAAGAAGAUUAAAGCGCACGAAGAAAAACAAGUAAAACAGACGCACGAGAAUGUCAAGGAGGGAGCACUUCCUGUUUAUCUUCUGGACAGAGAUGUUCAGUCUAGAGCUAAAGUUUUGUCCAACAUGAUCAAACAAAAGCGAAAAGAAAAAGCAGGAAAAUGGGAUGUGCCUAUUCCCAAGGUUAGAGCCCAGGGAGAAUCAGAAGUGUUUAAAGUUAUCAAAACAGGAAGGACGAGGAGGAAAGCCUGGAAAAGAAUGGUCACAAAAGUCUGUUACGUGGGUGAAGGUUUUACGAGAAAGCCACCAAAGUUUGAACGGUUCAUACGACCGAUGGCAUUGCGUUUCAACAAAGCGCAUGUUACCCAUCCAGAGUUGAAAGCUACAUUCUACCUCCCGAUUAUUGGAGUCAAGAAGAAUCCGAAUUCACCUAUGUACACAUCUCUAGGAGUUAUCACCAAAGGUACCGUGAUUGAAGUCAACGUGAGUGAACUCGGUCUCGUGACACAAGCUGGUAAAGUGGUCUGGGGUAAAUAUGCCCAGGUCACCAACAAUCCCGAAAAUGAUGGAUGUAUUAAUGCUGUUCUAUUAGUAUAAGUUAUUCCUCAUCAUUGUACAUUUUUAUGAAUAAAUUUUUAAAAAAUAA